GUUACUGGAAGAAUUCUUUCAUAUUUUUGCCUAUUUUCAUGAAAUGUGUAUAUAUAUAUUUUAUUAGUUUUGUGUCAUCAUUUGCAAUGUAGGAAACAUUAUAGUUUCUCAGAUUCUUAACUAUUUUACCCAAUAGCACAUGGCAAUCUCAUUUUAUUAGAUAUAGAGUGGUGCAGGAAUUAUGUAUUUUUAUAAGCCAACUCGAAAUUGUUUAAUUUUCUAUUUGACUUUUGGGUUAAGGUAGAAAAUAAGCUCAGAUUGUCAGACGUUGAUAAGUAGCAACUAGGCAUGGGCUAGGAUUCUGACGGUAUAACCCUGGAUAAAAAUAUCACGGUUUUACGAUUUCACAAUAUUGCGAUUACUGCUCUAAAAUAUAUUCUUUUUAAAUGUCUGGGUAAAAACAACAACUUUUUCCUCAUUUGAACACGAUAUAUUUUAUUUUUAGAAACAUUUUAAAUACUUUAUAGCACUAAACAUGUCAGACUAAAUAAUUCAAAUGAAUCAUUGACUUCUGCUGUCUUCAUUAGUUUUAAAAAAACGCAGAUUUCUUCACAAUUUAAAAUGGCAUCUUUGGAGAUCUUUUCUGCUGGAGAUACUGUCGUCCUAAAAAAAUGUAAGUAAAAAAUCUUAUAAUACUAUAGGAACGGUAUUACAGAAAACUUUGGCAGUUUUAAAACCUUGACUUUUCCAAAGCGCAGUAUACAUUGAAAACAAUUAUCCUCAUGCCUAGUAGCAACAGUUUUGCUACGAUAAUUCUGACAAAUGUACAAAGCAUGUGUUGUGUCCAUGGGUUAACCAAUUAGUUCCCACAUUAUUUCUCUCGUGUUCCCUCACUUUAAUAAAUGAUAGUUAAUACGAGGGAAAAAAUAUAACAUCACAAUCCCUAUGAAAAUUAGCCAUGGUUUUAUUAUAGUAAAAAUAUAGUAACCAUGUUUUUUUUUUAUGUAUUGAAUGUCAUUUGUGUUAGGGCUGUGCGAUUUAAUCAAAUCGCUAUUUGAAACAUUGCGAUUAGCUAUUUGCAAGAGGCUUUGAAUUUGAAAUAUACAGUUGAAGUCAGAAUUAUUUGACCCCCCCCCCCCCCUUGAUUUUUUUUUUUUAUAUUUCCCAAAUUAUGUUUGACAGAGCAAGGAAAUUUUCACAGUAUGUCUGAUAAUAUUUUUUCUUCUGGAGAAAGUCUUAUUUGUUUUUUUUUUUUUCCGGCUAUAAGAAAAGCAGUUUUUAAUUUUCUAAAAGCCAUUUUAAGGUCAAAAUUAUUAGCCCCUUUAAGCUAAUAUAUUUUUUCGAUAGUCUACAGAACAAACCAUCGUUAUACAAUAACUUGCCUAAUUACCCGAACUUGCCUAGGUAACCUAAUUAACCUAGUUAAGCCUUUAAAUGUCACUUUAAGCUGUAUAGAAGUGUCUUGGAAAAAUAUCUAGUAAAAUAUUAUUUACUGUUCUCAUGGCAAAGAUAAAAUAAAUCAGUUAUUAGAAAUGAGUUAUUAAAACUAUUAUGUUUAGAAAUGUGCUGAAAAAAAAAAAUUCUCUCCGCUAAACAGAAAUUAGGGGGGGAAAUAAACAGGGGGCUAAUAACUCUGACUUCAACUCUUUAUGUAUUAUUUAAUUUUCCCUGCCCAGAGCAAUCAGAAUUGUGCAACCAAACUAUGUGGAACGGCCACAAUCAAAAAAACUAACAGGAAAGCAUGGACAAUUGGGACAAUGGCGUCUGCCGCUGCUAAAACAUUAAUAGACAAAUAAUAUUAAAGAAAAACAGGACAUUGGUAAUAUAUGAAUAUUCAAAGUCACAGACACCAAUCAAAAACAGGUAAUUUUUAAAAGCUGUCACAGAAAUGUUGCCACUGCUUACAGAUUAUUGACCUGAAGCUUGACUAAAAAAAUUAAUCGUGAAUCAAAUCGCAAUAUCUGUCAGAAAAAUCACAAUUAGAUAUUUUCCCCAAAUCGUACAGCCCUAAUAUGUAUAACCAGUUUUUUUUUUCCAGAUACCAUGGUUAAAGUAUUAUUUGUAUUUCAAAACCAUGGUUUAUUUGUGGUCACGAUGUUUAACAUUUUAUUUGCGGUAAAAUCAUGAUUAAUGUUUGAGCGCGUGAUUUACUAAAAGCAAGAUGAAUAAAUGCUUAAUUCGUAGAAAUAUAUCUUAAAUGUCAUAUACAAAUGAACAUGCUACAGUGGUGGUGGCAAAAGUAAAAAGCUAGUGUUAGGCUACAAAUGAACUACAUUGUCACAUGACUUCAACCUCAUCACAGCAAAAUUUUCAACAGAUUUAAAAUAAACACGUUUAAUAGAGUAACUAGAAUGAGAGAAAACCCACUAUAGAAGGGGACUAGUGAGCAGAUGGGAUUUCCUACUCGACAGCAUUUAUUGUCUUUUUUUGUUAAAUGAUUGGGAUAUUACAUUGUAUUGGAUGUUUUAGAAUAAAAUAUGAAAUUAUUUUUCGAGCUUGUAAUAACGACAGACUUAAAAACCCAUCCCAAAAGGAACUGAAAACUAUAAAAUGCUAACUCUGUUCCAGGUUUAGUACACAUUCCUGCUCCACUCUAUGAUUAACUGAAUGCAGUGUUGGUGUAAGAAAUGUUGGUUGUAGUUUUAGUUGCAGUGGAUGUGUGUCAGCUUGCACUCUGGUCUCUUUUUCAACAGUGCUGGGAUGUCACCCAUGCUUCAGGCUCCUGUAACCCUGGUUGGCUGGCCACGGAGACAGGGAGCCCUCGUCUCAGUACUGUGGCUCUCCACAUUAGACUUUCUGUUUGGGGCUAACCAUGUUCUCCAAGGGCACCAAGCGCAAAUUUGCAGAUGGUGGUGAAGAGAUAUCUGACGAUGGCUUGGUAGCUGCCAGGGUGGCAUCCUCGUACAGCUUGCAACGGCAGUCUCUGCUGGACAUGUCCCUCAUUAAACUUCAGUUAUGCCACAUGCUGGUGGAGCCAAACCUCUGCCGUUCGGUUCUCAUUGCCAACACAGUCAGGCAGAUUCAGGAGGAGAUGACCCAUGAUGGCAGCUGGCAUAUGGUCACCGAAGCGUUCUGUGGUGCAAGCCAGAGCCCAUCUGAGCGCUUGGUGGCCACUGAAGUUCUCUGCAGGUCACGGGAGCCGGAUGCAGAACCGAAGCUCUUUUCCGUCAUCAGCUAUGAGGGUUGCCGUGAAGAGGAGGUGGUAGCUGAUGAGACCCUGUGCUCUGUUUCUGUUAGUGAUACAGUCUCCAACGUGUGCCUGUCAGGGCGCAUGGGUCAGCGCUGGGAGAAGAGUGAUGUAGAGAGGGACGAAGAGACACUUGAAGACUCUAGACUUGGUUCAGGAGAUGAUGACGAGGAGAUUGACACAGAGGAUGAGGCUUCUCCGGAGGGUCCAAAGACCAUUGGACAGGUUUUUGGGACAUUUGAAAUAAAAAAUGGUUCCCCAGGUCCAGACUCUGCUCUCGAAGAGCUAUUCUCAGAUGUUGACACAUCCUAUUAUGAUCUGGACACCAUGUUGACCGGCAUGCAGAGCGCACCCAAAAUGGGCCCUUAUGACCUCCUUGACAGUUUGGCACCUUCACAUAGUUCCCCUUCCAUUGUUUCCACGCCGAACUGUCGUUCUGAUCUCAAUGAACUGGAUCACAUCAUGGAAAUCAUUGUGGGUUCUUAGGUUCGACCUUUUUCAAAGACUUACACGCUUGUCUUAAUGUUACUGCCUUUUCUGUUCCUUAUGGAAAGCAAGUAAAGUCUGGAGUCCUUUCAGGGAAAAGAUUUGAUGUCUUGUGAAGGAUGGCCUUGAUUUUUAUGAGCUGACCAUAGUCAUCUUAUUUGCAUACCCUUUGUAUGUUUUAAUGAUUUUUUUCUGUAUUUGUCUGUCCAGACAAGUUUUUUUUAAUUUAAUUUAUUUGUUAUAUUCAUAACACUACAGAGAGCAGAACAAGAUGUAUACAAAAGUUGUAAAGCUUGGGAUAUUUUCAUAAGGAGACAAAAGAUUGUCUAAAAUGUGUAUAUAAAUAUAUUUUUACAAUAGAUUUUUCUUGUAAUAUGUUGCUGUACAUUAUGUACAUGUCCUACAAAUUGAUUUUAAAUGAAGAGAUUAGAUUCUUAUGUGCAACGUUUCUGUUUAUAAAAAUCCAUAAACCGAAGGAACUUAAUUCAAUACUACAAUAUAUACAAGGCACCAAGUAUACAUACAGUGAUGCAUGUUUUCCAUUCAUGUGCUCAUUUGCACAAAGUAUUUUUGUUUUCCUCUCAAGGUUUGAUUGCAGUUGGCUGUCAAUCAGCUCAGCCGUAGGUUUUGUUUGUUGUUAGGCGUCAAAGUUCUUCUAUUUUGUCUUAUCAACAAAUGAAGUAUAAUGGGGCCAACCCAUUCUAUAUUGUGACUUAAUUUAUUUAAUUUAUUUACUUCAAAUGGUGAGUGUUGGCUGUGGUCAAACUCAGGGUGGCUUUUUAACUCUAGGGGACAUAAUAGGUCCGUUUCACCAAAGCCUUUUGCUCAUAGCAAAUCGAUCACAGAAUUAAUCCUUCUGAUGAUUUGCACCAAUUAUUGCUAUAAGUAUUGAUUUUAAAUAAGUUAACCAUUUGAGUAUGGGUGAAUGGCUUAAGGAUUUCUAUUAGUCCUCUAGACCCCUCAUAAUGAGAAGGCAUUUGUCUAGUUCUAUGCAUUGAGUGUCGUUACACGCUUUGUAUGAAGUGUUUAAAAUGCAUUUAGUACAGUAUUCUUUUUUUAUACUUCAGAAUCAGUCAAUAAGAGAUGGUUUUAUUUUACUUAACAUUUCCCCCAGUUGUUACAUAUAUAUAUUUGGUUGUUUAAAGUCAAUUUUUGCAUAAACUAUGUUUGUGCAAGUUAUAGGUUAUUACACUUUGAUAAUUGUUUUCUUCAUUGUCUCACACUUAAAUUUUAAGAGGAUGUUUUCUAUUGUAUGAUCUUAAACUAGUAUAGAGUAUAAACAUUUUAUAUGAGCAUUGUAGCUUUUUUAACGUUUUUUAAUAAAAGGUACAACUUAUGACAUUUA